AUCCCUACACAACACUCGUCCCACCACAAACCUCCCUCUUUGUGUCUCUCAGCUUUUUCUCAAUUUUACAAAGAAACUAAACCAAACAAAAAACACAAAUGGGUACUAUGAAUCAUGUCGUGUACAUCGCCUCACUUGCUAUGUCAUUAACAAUGUGGAUGGUAGAGUCUCGAAUCCCAGGUGUUUACAACGGUGGUGCAUGGGAAACCGCUCACGCCACUUUCUACGGUGGUUCCGAUGCUUCUGGCACCAUGGGAGGAGCAUGUGGUUAUGGAAACUUAUACAGCCAAGGUUACGGAGUCAACACUGCAGCUUUAAGCACAGCACUUUUCAACAGUGGACUCAGUUGCGGUUCUUGUUUUGAGUUAAAAUGCGCAAACGACAAACAAUGGUGUCACUCCGGCAGCCCUUCCAUUUUCAUCACCGCCACGAACUUCUGUCCUCCUAACUUUGCUCAGGCCAGCGACAACGGUGGUUGGUGUAACCCUCCUCGUCCUCACUUCGACCUCGCCAUGCCUAUGUUCCUUAAAAUCGCCGAAUACCGCGCCGGGAUUGUCCCCGUCGCUUAUCGUAGGGUGCCGUGUAGGAAGAGCGGUGGGAUUAGGUUCACAGUUAACGGAUUCCGUUACUUUAACUUGGUGCUAAUCAGCAACGUCGCGGGUGCAGGUGAUAUUGUGAGGACCUAUGUUAAAGGAACGAGAACCGGGUGGAUGCCGAUGAGUAGAAACUGGGGGCAAAACUGGCAAUCCAAUUCUGUUUUGGUGGGUCAGGCUUUGUCUUUUAGAGUUACCGGUAGUGACCGUCGUACUUCCACUUCGUGGAACAUUGCUCCACAAAAUUGGCAAUUUGGUCAAACUUUCACCGGGAAGAAUUUCCGUGUUUGAUGAGUAGUGGUUACUGGUUACCGGAUACCGGAUUUUACCGGUCAAAGUUCACAUUGUUAUUUUAUUUUUCAAUAUAUGAUGUGACAAAAGUACUAUACAACUGUUUUUUGGUUGUUGUUUUGUUGUUGUUUCUCACCAAUUGUGGAUUUGGCGCGCAUUUUUACAGUAGAUUGGUGGUCUUUUUGACUGGUUGUUUUGGAGACUGUGACGGAUUAAGAGGAAAGGUUUACAUAGAGAUGUGUGUAGUGAGACUUUUUGUGAGUUUUGUUUUUGUUGUAUUGGGGGUGGGAAGGUUGUGUGUUUUUUAAUUUAUAUGAAAAGUGAAGAGAUUAGGGUAGAGAUAUAUGGAGAGGAUUAAAAAAAGUUUAGGAAAACUGCUGAAGUGGCUAAGCAAAAAAUGGUAGUAGCCCGCAGCGAAUUAGUUAUACAAUUUAUAUGUUGCUGUUAUAUCUAGAAUGAUUUAUGUAACUGUUGAAGUGUGUUUUUUGAUAUGAAAGUUCAAAUUGGAAAUU